CGCACAAUUACUCACGCCAGCACUCCAGUAUUGCUUCUCUGUGCUAUUUGCUGUUCGUUUGUUCUGCGCAUCGAAAUUCGAUUUUCUCGAGGAAUCAUUUACACUCUUCUUGAAAAUACAGCGUGUCUGUCGGAUUGAAAGCUAUGUCUGAUAACUUGGAAACUGAAACUUUCGCCUUCCAGGCAGAAAUUGCUCAGUUGAUGAGCCUGAUCAUCAACACCUUCUAUUCCAACAAAGAAAUUUUUCUCCGAGAGUUGAUUUCUAAUGCAUCGGAUGCUUUGGACAGAAUCAGAUGGGCGAGUCUGACAGAUCCAUCAGCUCUUGAAUCCAAGAAGGAAUUGGAGAUCUGCAUAAUCCCGGACAAGGAGAAUAAGACUUUGACCAUCACCGAUAGUGGAACUGGAAUGACAAAAGCUGACUUGAUCAACAACCUCGGAACCAUUGCUAAAUCAGGAACUAAAGCUUUUAUGGAAGCUUUGCAAGCUGGAGCCGAUAUCUCUAUGAUCGGUCAAUUUGGCGUUGGUUUCUACUCGGCAUACUUAAUUGCCGACAAAGUUGAGGUGUACUCAAAGCAUAAUGACGAUGAGCAAUAUCUUUGGGAGUCUUCUGCUGGAGGAUCUUUCACGGUCACAACUGAUACUAACUCUGAAUCCCUCGGAAGAGGAACCAGAAUUGUCCUAUAUAUCAAGGAAGACCAAGCCGAGUACCUUGAGGACAAACGUCUGAAAGAAAUAGUCAAGAAACACUCGCAGUUCAUUGGCUACCCAAUUAAAUUGUUCGUCGAAAAAGAGCGAGAGAAAGAAAUAGAAGACGAUGAAGCCGAGGAAGAGAAAAAGGAAGACGAAGAAGAGAAGAAAGAGGAUGAUGAGCCUAAAAUUGAAGACGUCGACGAAGACGAAGAAAAAGCUGAUGGGGAUAAAAAGAAAAAGAAGACAAUUAAAGAAAAAUACAUCGAUGAAGAAACGUUGAAUAAACAGAAGCCAUUGUGGACCAGAAAUCCUGAAGAUAUCAAGAAUGAAGAGUACGCAGAAUUUUACAAGUCCCUCACAAAUGACUGGGAAGACCAUAUGGCCGUCAAACACUUCUCAUUGGAAGGUCAGCUUGAGUUCAGGGCUCUCCUUUUUGUUCCCAAGCGUGCGCCUUUCGAUCUUUUCGAAAAUAAGAAACAGAAGAACAACAUAAAGCUCUAUGUACGAAGAGUCUUCAUCAUGGAGAAUUGCGAGGAGUUGAUUCCAGAAUACCUUAAUUUCGUGAAAGGAAUUGUCGAUUCCGAAGAUCUCCCAUUGAACAUCAGUCGAGAAAACCUUCAGCAAAACAAAAUUCUCAAAGUAAUCCGAAAAAGUUUGGUGAAAAGAUGCAUGGAGUUGUUCGAAGAAAUUUCUGAAGACAAGGAAAACUUCAAAAAGUUUUACGAACAAUUUGGCAAAAACGUUAAGCUCGGAAUUCACGAAGACUCGACUAACCGGAAGAAGCUGGGAGAGUUCUUAAGAUACUACACUUCAAACUCAAAAGAGGAACCCUGUUCUAUCAAGGACUACGUUUCCAGAAUGAAGGAAAACCAGAAGGAUAUCUACUACAUCACAGGCGAAAGCAAAGAGCAUGUCAUGAACAGUGCAUUUGUCGAAAGGGUCACAAAGAGGGGUUUCGAAGUUGUCUACAUGACAGAGCCCAUCGAUGAAUACUGUGUGCAACAGCUGAAAGAGUUUGACGGAAAGAAGCUGGUGUCUGUAACUAAAGAAGGACUUGAGCUUCCCGAGGAUGAAGACGAGAAAAAGAAGUUCGAAGAAGCUAAAGCCAAGUUUGAGCCCUUGUGCAAAGUUAUGAAGGAUAUAUUGGACAAAAAAGUGGAAAAGGUCGUUGUGUCCAACCGAUUAGUGUCGUCACCUUGCUGUAUUGUGACAAGCCAAUAUGGAUGGUCAGCCAAUAUGGAGAGAAUCAUGAAAGCUCAAGCAUUGAGAGAUACGAGCACGCUUGGAUACAUGGCUGCUAAAAAACACCUGGAAAUCAACCCCGAUCAUUCCAUUGUGAACACUUUGCGCGAAAAAGCUGAAGCCGACAAAAAUGACCGUGCUGUAAAAGAUUUGGUCAUGCUACUUUUCGAAACAUCACUUCUCUCCUCUGGAUUUACGCUCGAAGAUCCGCAAGUGCACUCUAACAGAAUUCAUCGCAUGAUUAAAUUGGGUCUAGGAAUCGACGAGGACGAUGAACCUAUGGGCAAUGAGACAGAAGGAGAGGCUGCUGCCGGCGAGAACCCACCACCUCUGGAAGGUGAUGACGAUGAUGCCUCUAGAAUGGAAGAUGUCGAUUAAGCUACUCUUACUGCAAUGGACAAUUCGGCCAUUGAAUGGCGCAUGUGCUGCUGAUUUGAUACGAAACCUGUGGGAAACUGCAGUAUACUUUUGAUUUGAUUGUUAGAUUUGUUAUCUCUGGAGAACAGAAGUUUGCAAUUAAAUGUUGCUGAAGAAA